AUGGUACCUCAAAGCCAGAGCCGCUCAAGCAGAGCUGGAUUUGGCUUUCGACACCAACGACUGGUUAUUCUGAGCCUGGGCCUGCUGAACGCUGCGCUGCUGAUAUCUGCUGCUGUCGUCGGGAUUUACUGUGCUAAUGCAAAAGACCUCCAGGUUUCUGAUUUAGCAGGCAUGCCCCUCAUCCUGCAGAUGAACUUUCUCCGCAACCACACAGGCAUCAUGAAGGCCAAAGCAGCGGCGCAGGCGGCCCUGGUGAAAGAGCGUGCCGACGCCGUGCAAAUAAAGCUGGAAAUGGCGCAGAAGAACGCCCUCACCGACACCUUUGAGAAAAGAAUUCAGAGUCUGAAAGCAGAGAGGACGACUCUGCAGUCACAACAAACUACUUUGGAGAAAAACUGCGACAGAUGCCCGUCAGGAUGGGUUCUGCUGAAAACAUCCUGCUAUUAUUUUUCUAAUUAUGAAGAUGCAUCAAAGAAGAACUGGUCAGCCAGCAGAGCAGACUGCGUCAGUAAAGGUGGAGACUUGGUGGUGAUCAACAGCUGGGAGGAACAGCAAACCAUUAAUGUCAAUUUGCCAAGGCUGGGAAGUAGCAGCAGCAUGUGGUGGUUGAACGGGUUCUGGAUGGGCCUCACAGCUGUCGAAGGCCAGGGAACAUGGAUGUGGGUGAACAAUACGGAGGUGUCCUCAACGUACUGGAAAUUUGGACAGCCCCAAAACAGAGAACCUUGGAGUGGAAACUGUGCUGCACUUCUUUACUACGUUGAUAUUAGAAAAACGUGGUAUAGUCUAAACUGCCAGCAGAAUCAGCUCAACUGGAUCUGUGAGAUGGAGCCAAGGAGAAACUGAACUAUCCUACAGUUAUG